GGCAUGUGCCGAUGCUGGAGCGGGAGUCGGAGCUCAAGUCUUCGGCGGCCAGCUGCGCGGGCGAGGGGGUGUACGCCGCGGAGAGGCUCCACAGAGGGCGCCUGAUGCUGGCCUGGCCGCCGAAGAACGCGUGCGGGUCGGUGCUGGCCACGGAUGUGAGCGACGGAACCCUGAAGACCUGGACGGAGGACGCCGAGUGGGGGCUCAUCGCCGCCGAGCUGGUGGACCGCGGGAUCCUGGUGCCUAUCGAGGAGGAGUGUAUUGCGCAGGAGACCAUCGAGGGCGACGUGGGCCUCCUGCUGACGACGGACAAGUGGAAAUGCCUCAUUCUGGGGAAUGGCGAGGUGCUCCUGACUUCGUCGGAGGACUUGAAGUGCUGCUUCCACGUGUAUUGCCUGCCCGUGGUCUGGCACAGGUGCAUGGCCGUGUCCAAGCCCGUCAGGCGCGCUGCGUUGGGCCUGGCUGGGAGUGGCAGCGUGUUCGUGGCGGCGGCGGCGACCCCCAUGGGCUGGAUCUCGGCGGCGAGGAUCAUCCAGCACAUCCACAUGGAGCUGUUGCGCGAGUGGGUCCUAGGUGUCGAGCCUCUGCCGAUGGAGCAGGUUGGCCGGAGCUACGACGACGAGUACGUGCCCGUGUACGCUGGGCUCACAGGGCAGAGGUGCGGCCACUUCCCCUCCAAGUGGGCGAACCAUUUCAGGGUCUCGCGAGGCUUGUCCAGGACAUCGGCCGUCCUACAGUUCGAGGCCCACUUGAGGGGGGCUCCGCGCAUGCUCAAGGAUAUUGGUGAGCUGUCGGGAUGCUGUCUCAUCUGUCACUGCAGGCCAGAUCAGGUAUGCCAUGGUGAUGUGCUGAUCAAGGUGUGCAUCGACAACCUCGACCUCCUGGGGAUCGCGGAUGAGGUGGCGCUGGCAGCCCUUCAGAGUGCAGGGCCCCCUGAGCUGGUGAGCCUGAGCCUCUUUUCGCUGGACCGCGAGAGGGUGGCGCAGAGGUGGUUGCAGGUGCUUGCAGGCCGCUGGGUGCGAGCUAUGAUGUUCCGCAGGGAGACGAUGUCGGCCUUCGACCAUCUGUGGCGAGCCGUGGUGCGCUGGAAAGGCGAGCGCCGCCUGCCUGGCCCCGUCUUCAGGGGGAUCCGGAUCGCGCUGGGGCUCUUGCCACUCAUGAGGUGCGACCUGCGGUCUCCUGUCAGCGGCGUGAUUGCGGUGUCGGAUGCCAGUGAGCAGAAGGGUGCUGUGCGCCGAGCUGUGCGACCCCCCCCCCGCGGGGUUGCGGCCGCGCCAGCGGCUCGGGCUAAGCGCGGAGGCCGACUGCAGGAUGAGGGCGUGCUGGAGCUGUUUUCUUUGGUCGACGGCAUAGGUGGCAUCGGGCGAGCUCUCGACAUGCUGGGCUUGAGCGUUGCAGUGUGCGCCGCGUCCGAGACCGACGGGGGGCGUGCCGGGUGGUUCGGCAUGCGUGGCGCCCCCUGCGUGGACCUGACUCGUCUCGCCGUGGACAGGUGCGAGCUGCGCGGCAAGCGGUCUGGCCUCUUCUUCGAGAUCUUGCGCGUGCAGGCCUUGAUGCGUCGUGUGUUCCCCGCCGAGGUGCAGCUGUUCAAUUUGAUCGAGAACGUAUCUUCCAUGGAGGCCCUGGAUAGACAGGCCAUGUCGCAGGCGCUGGGACUGCAACCCGUGUUGAUCGAGGCGGCCGACAUCUCGCAUGCUUGGCGAGAGAGGUUGUGCUGGUGCGACUGGGGCCUGAUGACUCAGUGGCAGGACGCUGUGAACGAGUCGGAGGAGGUCAGGGCGCGCGCGGGCUCUAAACCCAAGGGUUUGCACCGGUGUUCUGAGGAGGAGUUGGCGCGCUGGCGCGCCCGCGAGUACUGCUAUGCCCCGUGCCAGUUCCGAGAUGUUCACUGCUUGCGCUGGGAUGGCGGUGAUUUGGAGCCUGCGGAUGCCUUUGGGCGGGAGAUACUGAUGGACUUACCCCCUGGUCACGCGGCGACGGCCAUGGCGACCCGGUUCCGCAAGGCCCGCGGGCUGGAGGUGGUCCGUUGCGCCCUGCUGGGCAACUCCUUCCAGCGUGCCGUGGUGGUCUGGAUCUUGGGGCACUGGGCGCACUGUCAGAAGUGCCUCGACGGCGUCCCGAGCGUGGAGCAGCUGCGGCAGCAGGGCGGCGGCUUCGACGCGUCCGAGGGCGUCGUGAGAAUGGCGGCCGACGGUGACGGGGGCGUGCUGUUUCGCCACCGGGAUCUGUGCGGCGGCGAAGCCCAGCAGGACAUGAGCGUGCAGAUGGUCGAGGAGAUGGUCAGGCGCGCUGAAGUUCGAGGCUCGGAUGUUCGUUUGGCUUCGCUGGAGGUGGUGCGCCCUGAUCUGUGGCCUCGGAGGACCAUCAGUGUGGCGCGCUGGACAUGGGAGACGGUCCUGGUCUGGCGCUGGAAAUUGAAGAGCCACAUCACAGCGCUGGAGGUCCUCAGUGCGCUGGCUGCUCUACGUCG